CGUGAACGGGAAGGUGAUAAAGAUGCCGUUACACCUGGGUCCCUUUGUCCGCUGGAGAUCCGGGCUUGUACUCGCAUGGAUCUGCUUGUUUUCGUCCGGAUUUACCUUCACUGGUGGAGAGCACGCGGCCACUGUAACACAUCCACUUCCUGCGGCUUUCUCCGACCUGCUGCCACACUUCCUGGUGGAGCCUGAUGAUGUUUAUAUCGUUAAGAACAAGCCAGUGACUCUCACCUGCCGCUCGACCCCUGCCACUCAGAUCUACUUCAAGUGCAACGGCGAAUGGGUUCACCAGGAUCAGCACUUGAUCGAGCGUGACGUGGACCCUGCCACAGGACUGCCGGUGAUGCAGGUGAAGAUUGACAUCUCCAGACAGCAGGUGGAGAAGAUCUUCGGUCUGGACGAUUACUGGUGUCAGUGUGUGGCCUGGAGCACUACAGGAACCCAGAAGAGCCAAAAGGCAUAUGUGCGCAUCGCCUAUCUGAGGAAGAACUUUGAGGAGGAACCGCUGGGUAAGGAAGUGGCACUGGAUCAGGAAGUCCUUCUGCGCUGUCAUCCUCCUGAAGGUGUUCCUCCUGCAGAGGUGGAGUGGCAGAGAAAUGAGGAGCUGAUCGACCCCAAGACUGACCCCAAUUUCUUCAUCACCGUGGACCAUAAUCUCAUCAUCAAACAAGCCCGCCUGGCCGACACAGGCAACUACACCUGCGUGGCCAAGAACAUUGUGGCUCGACGAAAGAGCUCCUCGGCUACUGUGAUUGUCUACGUGAACGGUGGCUGGUCCACGUGGGCCACAUGGUCGGCCUGCAGUGCUGUCUGCGGUCGGGGGUGGCAGAAGAGGAGCCGGAGUUGCACCAACCCCACUCCCCUGAACGGCGGGACGUCCUGCGAGGGCCAGAGUGUCCAGAAAAGUGCCUGCACUGCCACCUGUCCAGUGGACGGAGGUUGGAGCGAGUGGAGUAAAUGGUCGCCAUGUGGAGCCGACUGCACCAUGUGGAGGAGCAGGGAAUGUACCCAACCUACACCCAGCACGGGUGGGAAAGAAUGCCAGGGGCUGGAUCUCCAAUCUCUCAACUGCACCAGUGAGCAGUGCCCACAGACGGCAUCAGGUGCUGAGGAUGUGGCCUUGUACGUGGGGAUCGUAGCGGUGGCUCUUUGUCUGACUCUACUGCUGAUUGUGCUGGUGCUGGUCUACCGCAGGAAGAAGGAAGGUCUCGAUGCAGAUGUGGCCGACUCCUCCAUCCUCACCACUGGCUUCCAGCCCAUGGGCAUCAAGCCCACCAAGCCAGAAAACUCUCAUUUGCUCACCAUCCAGCCCGAUUUGACCAGCACCACCACAAGUUACCAGGGAACGCUGCGUUCUCGCCACGAAGUCACCGGAAAGUUCUCCGUGAGCAACGGCCCCCUCCUGGAGCCUCUUCCUAACGGCUCCCACACGCUGCACAACGGCAAACUACCCAGCGACCCCAACGACUUCAUGAACCGCCUGUCUUCUCAGACGUAUUUCAAAACGCUACCGAGAGACAACGUAAACACCUCUUACGGAACUUUCAAUUUCCUGGGUGGUCGCCUAACCCUCCCUAACACUGGGAUCAGCCUGCUCAUCCCGCCAGAGGCCAUUCCCAGAGGGAAGAUUUAUGAGAUUUAUCUCACCAUUCAGAAGAAGGAAGACAUGAGAUUGCCCCUGGCUGGGUGUCAGACGUUGCUGAGUCCCGUGGUGAGCUGCGGACCGCCCGGUGUGAUGCUCACCCGGCCGGUCAUCCUCAGUAUGGACCAUUGCUCUGAUGCGUGCCUGGAGAAUUGGACCAUCCGUCUCAAGAAGCAGUCAUAUGAGGGAAUGUGGGAGGAUGUACUUCAGCUUGGUGAGGAAGUGGUAUCGGAGCCGUACUACUGCCAGCUGGAGGCGGAGACGUGCCGGGUGUUCACUGAGCAGCUGGGCCGCUUUGCUCUGGUCGGGGAGUCCCUCAGCAUGGCUGCUUCUAAACGCUUCAAACUGCUGCUGUUUGCUCCCGCCUACUGCUCUACACUGGAGUACAACAUCCGCGUCUACUGCAUGGACGACACACAGGACCUGCUAAAGGAGGUGAUGCAGAUGGAAAGACAGCUGGGAGGUCGACUGAUUGACGAGCCUCACGUUCUGCUCUUCAAAGACAGCUACCAUAACCUGCGCCUCUCGAUUCACGACAUGCCCCAGGCACACUGGAGGAGCAAACUGCUCGCCGGCUAUCAGGAGAUCCCGUUCUAUCACAUCUGGAGCGGCUCUCAGCGGACCCUGAACUGCACCUUCACACUGGAGAGACAGAGCAUGAGCACCUGUGAUCUCACCUGCACACUGUGUGUGUGGCAGGUAGAAGGAGAAGGACAAAGCUUCACCCUGGACUUCAACAUCUCGAAGGACAUCAGACCACUGGACUCUGAUUUCCUGUUAAUGGACAACUGCACCCCUGCCCUGGCUGGUCCGAGCGCAUUCCAGAUCCCUUACCUCAUCCGACAGAAGAUCUGCAGCAGUCUGGACACCCCCUGUCCCAAUGGAGCAGAUUGGAGACUACUGGCCCAGAGACUGAAGCUUGACAGGCACAUGAGUUUCUUUGCAUCCAAAGCGAGCCCCACAUCAGUGAUUCUGGACUUAUGGGAGACCCAGCACUUCCACAGCGGUAAUCUCAAUCAGCUCGCCGCUGUGAUGGCUGAGAUUGGCAAGCAGGAGGCCAUGAUAUUCCUGGUGUCAGACGGGGAGUGCUGACACAUUAAAACUCUGAGUGAUGGGGUGGGGGAAGGACGCGACCCUCUGCCCGCCCCACCAUAGAUGAGAAACAAAUAAAAGAACAGGGUUUACCCAACUAUAUGAGGCCACUUCCCCAGUGAACAGGGAAUAAAAGAAAAAGAACGAAAAAAAAUAAAACAAGACCAGGCUCAGGAGGAACCUGGCAGGGCUUUUAGAUGUGCUGUGACUGAGGCAAAUGCCUCUUUCUCAGAACAAAAAUCCAUUUGUUUUGAAAAUAAUGGUGUAUAGAAAAUCCCAGAUUCUAUGAUUCUGGUCCUGCCCUCAAUCACUGACCAAUAUGUACUUUCUAACCACAUUUGUGUUAGGCACAUUGAUAUAUUAAUAUCAGACUGGAAACUAAAAACGAAUCGGUUUGAAAGACGUACGCUAUGUAGGUAAGGUGAAUAUUUUGCGAACUUAUUCUGAUUUGUGACAUGCAUUUUGUAAAUGUGUACCAUUUAGCAAUAUGCAAACACGCAUAUCGAUGACAAUUUCCUUUGGCCGACACGUUUCUUACCUCACAAAGCAUUUACAAUUUUAGAGCGUUUGCUAAAUUUCAGGGCGAAAACAUUAAGGAAGUAAAGUAUUUUUGGUGAGAGCCACUACUUGUUCCUCUGCCCCUGUGCACUUAACGUGUGUGUUCAUGAAGCCAUAAAGUCCAAAAUUCACCUCAAUGCAAUGAUAUAUGUUCUGAUCCGGGUGGAUAAUCAGUAAAUAAGCACAGGAUUCUGUGGAUGUCUUGCUGCUGAAGGAUGGGUGAUCAGGGACCUCAAACGUUUUCCUAGCUGUUUUGAAGAACAUUGGACUUUUGAGAAUAAGGGUCAGAAGUUCUGCAAAGCAUUUUUUCCAUGGCUGUCUUAUGUCAAUGGAACCUUUUCGAGACUAGAAUUCUCAUCUGAGUCCAUAAAAUUCCUCUUUUACGAAGGAGGAAAAAAAAAAAAGUUCCCCGUUGGAAAGGUUUUCUUCUUUUAUAAACAGAAAAUGCAAUACUACCAAAUGUUUCAUUGCUAUUCUCCUUCAUAUUUAAUGAGUCUAUGUUUCUCUGAAAGCCAUUUUGGCUUCAGGGCAGUUUCUUAGUCGUAGGACAGAGAAUAUUUUCAUCACCCCCCAAAAAGCAAAUGAUCCAUCCAAGAAAACUUCAUCGACACUCAGCAGCUGUCGUAUUUUUCUAAAUUCCUCCAUCACACGUGUGCUUUGUUUCUGCAUAACUGUCAGACCCUGUAGAACGGCAACACGUCUCAGCCCUGCGUUUGGCGCCGUGAAUGUGCAUUACACAGUUUGAAGAUUGUCAGAUUAUUUUUUCGUGCGUGUUUGAAUGUGAGAGUAUUUCAUUCCAAAUGAAGGAUGAUUGGUGAGAAAUUGUGGAUCACAAAUUUUCCGCUUUCAUCUCGACCAGUAAUGACAGCCACGUCUGGAGAUGAUUGGAGGAGUCCUGCACGUUCUCUCCACAGCAAGUGGAAUUACACAGGCCUGUUUCACUCAGCUAACAGAGAACUCAAGUUAGACCAAAUUGUGCACACAAUGUCUUUUUUACCUUCCUUAAGGUUUCACUUGGUGAUUUCUGUUACACAAUCAACCAGUCAGCUAUUUUCUUUUCUUUGUUUUUAAUCUACAAAAGUCAUCAUGUCUUGUAGAUCAGUACAUUUCAUGUGAUGCAUCUCUGCGCAACCAAAGUGUAUGAGCCAUCUGGAGCAUUUCUUUAAUAUCUAUGCCGAUUGUGAUUUAAUUUUUUGGGAGUACACGUAGUAACACGUUCCUGCUUUCAACAUGCAUCUAUUUUUCUUUCAAGAUCUCAUGACUUGUGCAAACUUGUUCAUUUUGAGCAUUCCACUGGUAAAACAAUUUAAAUAUACAGCACUUUGUAAAGUAAUUGUAAAUGAAAUUUUAAUAACAAGCCAAAAAAGACAAGUCAACUGACGUAACAUUUGUCAAAGUAUAAUCUGUGAAGUGUUUGCCUACUGUUCAUUGGUUAUAUAGCACUGAGUUAAUUCUUUCUGCAGUGUUUGCGGUUUAGACUGUUUUCGCCAUAAGUUUGUACACCGUCAUUUUGUUUCGUCCUGAGGCUGUUGGUUUAUGGGUAAUCGAUCCUCAACACUACGUCAUGAGAAAACAGAUGCACCAGUAAAUGAUACUUCUGUCAGAGUAUUUAGACAAGGACUUGGUGCAAAAUUGACAAAUUCCUAACACUCAGGUUUACAAACAGUUCAGUUGAAACAGACACGUUACGCAUUUCUAAACAUUACUGAGUGCGCAACGGAUUGCUCAUCAAUGUUGUUCUUUUUCACUGACAUAAAAAUCAUUCGUUCUGAGCUCACAAAGUCAGCUUGCAACACUGAAUAAAGCAGAUGCCAUGAUAUUCACUAAAAGAACCACCGAUCUCUCUUUAUGACUGUACAUUUUGUCAGCCUCAUUCAUAGCUGUUCUGUGUAAAUGAAUGUUCAGAGUGAGUGCGCUAUUUCUUUCUUUUUGAACUGAAAACCGUAGAAUUGUGUACCUGUGAAUGUUCAAUUCGAUUUCUUAAUUCAAUGUUCCUUGCCUUUCUGCAAGUCAAAAUGCUGUAUUUAUUACAUGCCACAGCGCUUAUGCAAUUGUACAAUUCUUUUCUAUUAUUCUUUUUUUUUGGUAAAGUUACUUUUCAUUUUUCUCGUCAAUGUAAAUUGUCGUCGAUGAGUUUGUGGUAAUAGAAAGCCCUCUUCUGCAGAAGGUUUUCUGUACUUUUUGGACAAUGGUAUGGAUUUGUGGGUAGAAUUUUGGAAAUUCGUUUCUAAGUGCUUUCAAGUAUUUACUUGGCCUUAUGUAUAUAUCUCUCUAUGAAAUUUCAGAAAAGGUAUGUAUAGUAAUUGAACCUAAAAUGGAUGUAAAUAAAUUAUAUAUUGUUAAAAGAGAGUUGAGUGAUUUGUGCUUACAACAUCUACAAUACUUCAUGACACAUUUUACAUUUGGAGCCAAUUAGUAGCCUUGGGAAUAACCCAAUUUCACCACCAUUCGUAUCAUUCAGUAAGUCAGCACACAACAACAUGACUGCAUGUGAUUUAUUGACUAAAUGUCUCUAGCACAAUUUCUUUCUAAAUAAUUUGCGUCAUCUGACAUAGAAAACCUCUCUAUAAUAUGCACAGGAAUACAGCAGUUUAUCGUUCUGAAUGACACACACAAUAGUUAAAGGCUGCAAAGCGAUAAAGGCACUUGAUAGUUGAUACGUAACACGUUGUCAAUACAAAAAAGUACAAAAAGUGAGCUGUUGGCUCAAAUAUAUAUAGCUUUCUAAGAGCAGGAUAUUGGAGUGUUGCAUUUCUUCUGAUUCGAGUGCAGGAGAUUGGUGCAUCUGGUAUGUAGUCUCUGAAGAAGAGCCAUUAUGUUUGGAAAUGCCAUAAGAUUAUGCAUAUAUCGGUGAUAUCCAUAAACAGGAUUGCUCAAAACCUUUGGCACACAUGCGCUUUGCUCACUAGCGUGCGGAAACCAACAAAAUGGCCACAGAGCUUUAAAUAACACAGCAUAUACGAACAAAGGCUCUAAGUGAAUCUGGCCAUAUAAUAUUGCAGGAUCCAUUAGCACUAAUGCAGAGCGUUACAGGCCUUUCCUUAAUUAGAACUACCUGUCUGAUUAGAACAGAUGAAUGUGGCGUAUUUAGUACUGAAGCCAUGUAGAGACCAUUGCUUGGGUCAGGAUGAAACGCAUGCAAUCAGUGCUAAUGUAUUUCAGUGUAGCUGCCAGGGGCGUUUUAUUCCUCUGUGGUUUGCCAUUACCUUAAGUACCCUGGCACAGCAAAUCAGGCAGAGCAAAAAAGUAGGCUGCACAGCAUCUAGAGGAUUGAGGGGCCACUUUAAGAUCCUGUCUGAGUAGAUCACAUGCUCAAUGCUUUAGCCUACAAAAUGGAUUGUAUGAAUCAGAAUACAACUAGAUUGCUUCACUUAUUACAUGGGAAAUGCUUUGUCCGUAUUUGUGACAAGAGUGGAUAAAAUUUUGGAUGAUAAAUAUGCAUCCUAGUGCAGAUGAGAUGAGCAAACCUCACAAAAAA